CACUGUGUGUGUGUUUCUCUAUGCAGAUAUAGACGAGUGCACGUUUGCAGACAUCUGUGUGAACGGCCGCUGCAGUAAUAUCCCGGGUCUCUUCCGCUGCCUGUGUGACCCUGGGUACGAGCUGGACCGCAGCGGAGGAAACUGCACGGACGUGAACGAGUGCAACAACCCCACCACCUGCAUCAGCGGCCUGUGUCUGAACACCCCGGGCAGCUACAUCUGCAGCUGCCCCCCCGACUUUGAGCUCAAUCCCACUGGAGUCGGCUGCGUUGACACUCGCUCUGGAAACUGCUAUCUGGACGUCCAAUACCGUGGCGAUUUCUCUGAGAGUCUGAGCUGCUCCAAUGAGAUUGGAGUGGGCGUGUCCAAAGCCUCCUGCUGCUGUUCUAGGGGUGUGGCCUGGGGCCAUCCCUGUGAGGCCUGUCCAUCACUCAACUCCACUGAGUACAAGAUUCUGUGUCCUGGAGGAGAAGGAUUCAGACCCAACCCCAUCACUGUCAUACUGGAAGAUAUAAACGAGUGUCAGGAGCUGCCGGGUCUGUGUCAGGGUGGCGACUGCAUCAACACCUUCGGUAGUUUUCACUGUGAGUGUCCCAGAGGGUUUGCACUCAAAGAGGACACCAGGAUCUGUGAAGAUGUGGAUGAGUGUGCGCGUCCUGGUAUCUGUGGUCCGGGUCAGUGUUAUAACACCAUAGGAAACUACACCUGCAUCUGCCCACCGGAGUACAUGCAGAUCAAUGGAGGAAACAACUGCAUGGACAUGAGGAAGAGCUUGUGCUACAGGAACUACUACUCCGACAACGCCACGUGUGACGGCGAGCUCACCUUCAACAUGACCAAGAAGUUCUGCUGCUGUUCCUACAACAUCGGCCGCGCCUGGAAUAAGCCCUGCGAGAAGUGUCCCAUUCCCAGCACCAAUGAAUUCGCUGUGCUGUGUGGAAGUGAGAGGCCGGGAUAUUUCAUUGACAUCUACACUGGACAGAUCAUUGACAUUGACGAGUGCCGCGAGAUUUCCGGUGUGUGUGAGAACGGCGUGUGUAUCAACAUGAUCGGCAGUUUCCGCUGCGAAUGUCCGAUGGGUUUCGUCUAUAAUGAUAAACUGCUGAUCUGUGAGGAUAUUGACGAGUGUCAGAACGGGCCGGUGUGUCAGCAGAACGCUGUGUGUCUAAAUGUUCCUGGAAGUUUCCGCUGCGAGUGUAAACCUGGAUACCGGCAGACUCCAACCCAGCAGUGUGUCGACCGUAACGAGUGUGCUGAGAAUCCUAACAUCUGCAGUCCGGGUCAGUGUAUUGAUAUGGUGGGCAGUUACCGCUGCAUCUGCCCCAACGGCUUCAAGUCCACCCCUGGCCUGUGCAUAGAUGUGGACGAGUGCGAGCGUCAGCCGUGUGGAAAUGGAACCUGUAAGAACACUGUGGGCUCCUACAACUGCCUGUGUUACCCAGGAUUCCAGCUGUCACACAACAACGACUGCAUUGACACAGAUGAGUGUGUGUCGCUCAGGGGUUUGUGCCGGAACGGAAACUGCAUCAACACACUGGGUUCAUUUGUGUGUGUAUGUCUGGACGGAUAUAAACUCUCCCCUGACGGACGCACGUGUGUGGACAUCAACGAGUGUUUGCUGAGCCCUGGCACCUGCGGUCCCGGGACGUGUCAGAAUCUGGACGGCUCCUACAGGUGCAUCUGUCCUCCGGGGUAUUACCUGCAGGACGACCGCUGUGAAGACAUCGACGAGUGCUCUCAGUCUCCAGAGAUCUGCAUCUUCGGGAAGUGUGUGAACACGGCGGGCAGCUUCAGGUGUGAGUGUCCUGAGGGUUUCCAGCUGUCCUCAUCCGGAAAGAGAUGUGUGGAUAUCCGGGUCAAUUACUGUUACACAAAGUUCGAGAACGGCCGCUGUCUGGCCCCGAAGCCCCUCAACACCACCAAGAGUGUCUGCUGCUGCAGCGGGAUGCCGGGUCAGGGAUGGGGUGACCCCUGCGAGAUCUGCCCCUCCAUGGAGGACGCUGCCUAUAAAGUUCUGUGUCCAGCUCCUGGUAAAAGCCACAGUACAGACGACACCGCUGUGGACGUGGACGAGUGUGUGCAGAACCCCGGCAUCUGCAGGAACGGUCACUGCAUCAACACUGACGGGACGUUCCGCUGCGAGUGUCCGUUCGGUUACCGACUCGACUUCACCGGCAUCAACUGCGAAGACACCAACGAGUGUGAGCUGGGGAACCCGUGUGGAAACGGCACCUGCACUAACGUGGAGGGAGCCUUCGAGUGCAGCUGUGAUGAAGGGUUCGAGCCCGGACCCAUGAUGACCUGCGAAGAUGUAAACGAGUGCUCCCAGAAUCCUCUGCUGUGUGCGUUCCGCUGUGUGAAUACGCUGGGCUCGUAUGAGUGCAGAUGUCCAGCAGGAUACGUGCUGAGGGACGACCGGAGGAUGUGCAAAGAUCAGAACGAGUGUGAGGAGGGUCUGGACGACUGCGCGUCUCGAGGGAUGAGCUGUAAGAAUCUGAUCGGCACAUACAUGUGCAUCUGCUCUCCGGGAUACACACGCCAGCCCGGAGGAGACAGCUGUGUGGAUCUGAAUGAAUGCUCAGUCAAGCCGGGCAUCUGUGAGAACGGCCGCUGCGAGAACACUGUGGGCAGCUACAGGUGUGUGUGUGACCAGGGCUUCAGUCCCAGCCCCAGCAGAACAGAGUGCAUGGAUAACCGUCAGGGCUUCUGCUUCCCGGAGGUGCUGCAGACGAUGUGUCAGAUGAGCUCCAGCAGUCGUGUGAGCGUCCGCAAGUCUGAGUGCUGCUGUCUGGGGGGCCGCGGCUGGGGGCCCGACUGUGAGCUCUGCCCACUGCCCGGACACACACACUACAGGAAGAUGUGCCCGCAGGGGCCCGGGUACACCACUGACGGACAGGAUAUCGAUGAGUGUAAGGUGAUGGGGAAUCUGUGUAAGAACGGUCGGUGUUUGAACACACUGGGCUCCUUCAGCUGCAUCUGUAAACCAGGAUACACCACUGACAUCACAGGCACUCAGUGUGUGGAUGUGGACGAGUGUGUUCAGGCUCCUAAACCCUGUAACUUCAUCUGUAAGAACACUGAUGGUGGGUAUCUGUGCUCCUGUCCACGCGGAUACGUGCUUCAAGACGAUGCCAAGAGCUGCAGAGAUCUGGAUGAAUGCAGCACCAAACAGCACAACUGUCAGUUUCUGUGUGUGAACACCAUUGGAGGAUUCACCUGUAAAUGCCCACCUGGAUUCACUCAGCACCACACGGCCUGCAUCGGUGAGACACACACACACACACACUCAUGCACAUCAGAUGUGGACGAGUGCGAGCGUCAGCCGUGUGGAAAUGGAACCUGUAAGAACACUGUGGGCUCCUACAACUGCCUGUGUUACCCAGGAUUCCAGCUGUCACACAACAACGACUGCAUUGACACAGAUGAGUGUGUGUCGCUCAGGGGUUUGUGCCGGAACGGAAACUGCAUCAACACACUGGGUUCAUUUGUGUGUGUAUGUCUGGACGGAUAUAAACUCUCCCCUGACGGACGCACGUGUGUGGACAUCAACGAGUGUUUGCUGAGCCCUGGCACCUGCGGUCCCGGGACGUGUCAGAAUCUGGACGGCUCCUACAGGUGCAUCUGUCCUCCGGGGUAUUACCUGCAGGACGACCGCUGUGAAGACAUCGACGAGUGCUCUCAGUCUCCAGAGAUCUGCAUCUUCGGGAAGUGUGUGAACACGGCGGGCAGCUUCAGGUGUGAGUGUCCUGAGGGUUUCCAGCUGUCCUCAUCCGGAAAGAGAUGUGUGGAUAUCCGGGUCAAUUACUGUUACACAAAGUUCGAGAACGGCCGCUGUCUGGCCCCGAAGCCCCUCAACACCACCAAGAGUGUGUGUUGCUGCAGCGGGAUGCCGGGUCAGGGAUGGGGUGACCCCUGCGAGAUCUGCCCCUCCAUGGAGGACGCGGCCUAUAAAGUUCUGUGUCCAGCUCCUGGUAAAAGCCACAGUACAGACGACACCGCUGUGGACGUGGACGAGUGUGUGCAGAACCCCGGCAUCUGCAGGAACGGUCACUGCAUCAACACUGACGGGACGUUCCGCUGCGAGUGUCCGUUCGGUUACCGACUCGACUUCACCGGCAUCAACUGCGAAGACACCAACGAGUGUGAGCUGGGGAACCCGUGUGGAAACGGCACCUGCACUAACGUGGAGGGAGCCUUCGAGUGCAGCUGUGAUGAAGGGUUCGAGCCCGGACCUAUGAUGACCUGCGAAGAUGUAAACGAGUGCUCCCAGAAUCCUCUGCUGUGUGCGUUCCGCUGUGUGAAUACGCUGGGCUCGUAUGAGUGCAGAUGUCCAGCAGGAUACGUGCUGAGGGACGACCGGAGGAUGUGCAAAGAUCAGAACGAAUGUGAGGAGGGUCUGGACGACUGUGCGUCUCGAGGGAUGAGCUGUAAGAAUCUGAUCGGCACAUACAUGUGCAUCUGCUCUCCGGGAUACACACGCCAGCCCGGAGGAGACAGCUGUGUGGAUCUGAAUGAAUGCUCAGUCAAGCCGGGCAUCUGUGAGAACGGCCGCUGCGAGAACACUGUGGGCAGCUACAGGUGUGUGUGUGACCAGGGCUUCAGCCCCAGCCCCAGCAGAACAGAGUGCAUGGAUAACCGUCAGGGCUUCUGCUUCCCGGAGGUGCUGCAGACGAUGUGUCAGAUGAGCUCCAGCAGUCGUGUGAGCGUCCGCAAGUCUGAGUGCUGCUGUCUGGGGGGCCGCGGCUGGGGGCCCGACUGUGAGCUCUGCCCACUGCCCGGACACACACACUACAGGAAGAUGUGCCCGCAGGGGCCCGGGUACACCACUGACGGACAGGAUAUCGAUGAGUGUAAGGUGAUGGGGAAUCUGUGUAAGAACGGUCGGUGUUUGAACACACUGGGCUCCUUCAGCUGCAUCUGUAAACCAGGAUACACCACUGACAUCACAGGCACUCAGUGUGUGGAUGUGGACGAGUGUGUUCAGGCUCCUAAACCCUGUAACUUCAUCUGUAAGAACACUGAUGGCGGGUAUCUGUGCUCCUGUCCACGCGGAUACGUGCUUCAAGACGAUGCCAAGAGCUGCAGAGAUCUGGAUGAAUGCAGCACCAAACAGCACAACUGUCAGUUUCUGUGUGUGAACACCAUUGGAGGAUUCACCUGUAAAUGCCCACCUGGAUUCACUCAGCACCACACGGCCUGCAUCGAUAAUAACGAGUGUGCAAGUGAGCUGGGAUUGUGCGGACCGAACGGUGUGUGUCAGAACAGCCCCGGCAGCUUCAGCUGUGACUGUCAGAGAGGAUUCACACUCGACCCCAAUGGACAGCACUGUGAAGACACGGAUGAGUGUGUAGGGAAUCACCGCUGUCAGCACGGCUGUCAGAAUCUGGUUGGUGGAUACAGAUGCAGCUGCCCUCAGGGGUACCUGCAGCACUACCAGUGGAACCAGUGCGUCGAUGAGAACGAGUGCCAGAACAGUCAGAUCUGCGGCAGUGCCUCGUGCCACAACACUCUGGGCAGUUUCCGCUGUCUGUGCCCGACGGGUUUCUCCUUCCAGCAGACGUCUGGAGGCUGUGAGGACGUGAAUGAGUGUGGCUCCCAGCAGAACCCCUGCUCCUUCGGCUGCUCCAACACAGAUGGUGGAUACCUGUGCGGAUGCCCACCUGGAUACCUGAGGGCCGGACAGGGGCACUGUCUGUCGAGCACGGGUCUGUCUUCAUCUGGUCCUCAGGCUCCCGAUGCUGAUGAUGAAAACUCUCUGUCGCCUGAGGCCUGUUACGAGUGUAAGAUCAAUGGGUAUCCAAAGAAGGGCCGCAAACGCAGAGACGCCAACGCAACACACGCACUUGAGGAUGAGGUGGAUGAGGUCAGUCUGGCCAGUGUAGACGUGGACGACACGCUUCAGCUCCAUCUGAACAUCAGCUCGCUCAAAAACAUAGACCACAUCAUAGACUUGGUGCCGGCACUUUCCACGCUAACAAACCACCUGCGCUACACUAUCGGCUAUGGAAACGACGACGGCCUGUUCCGGAUGACCCAGAAGGACGGCAUCAGCUACCUGCAUGUCUCCAAGAAGAAGCUUCUCCAGCCUGGAGCCUAUUAUUUAGAAAUCCGCAGCGUGGGCGGGAAAGACCAGCGUCCCGAAACAGACUACCUCAGCGGGCAGCUAGGGGGCGCCCUGAUCAUGAGAGUCCAGAUCGUCCUGCACUGAUCCGCUCGUAUGCUAACAGACUGACGCAAACUAGCCAAAGAGCAGCACGUAUCGCACCGCGCGCUUCACUCCAUCAUACGCUCGCAUUCAGCCGACGGACGGAUUCGCUCCUCUUACUGGUGCUAGAUACGAGAUUCAUGCACUGUAAACCCGUCCGCGGCCCGCUGUCCUCUCCGCAAUUAUACUACAUGUAAUUUAAGUGUGUCUAUACUGUAACCGUGUCACUAUUUUUUUUUUUUUUUUACUCGCGAACGCAUUUGUAAACUAGAGGAGCCCUGGAACGGAGGGUUUGUAAUGGUGCUCGUUAUUAUGACCAGUGUUGGGGGAAGUUACUCUUUAAGUGAUGCAUUACAGUCUGCUGUUCCUUUAUUAAAGGUAACUGUUACUUUUUUAAGUAAUCCAUUACAAUUAUCAAAAUUUUUUAAAAGUAACUGUUACUUUUUUAAGUAAUCCAUUAAAAUCUGGCUUUACUUUUUUAAAAGUAACCAUUACUUUUUACUUUAAGUAAUCCAUUACAAUAUGGUGUUGUUUUUUUAAAGGUAACUAUUACUUUGGUACUUAUUUAAGUACAAGUAAUCCAUUACAAUCUAAUGUUAAUUUUUUAAAGUAACUGUUACUUUUUAAAAUAAUUAUAAUAAUAAUAAUUCCCAACAUUUAUAUAGUUUUUUUUCUUUUCCGGACACUCAAAGCACUUUAAACAUUUUUGGAGGGAAUCUCCUCAUCCAGCACCAGUGUGCAGCAUCCACCUGGAUGAUGUAAUCCAUUAAAGAAAUCCAUUACAAUCUGGUGUUACUUUUUAAAAAGUAACAAAGUAACAGUUACUUUUAAAGUAAUGUAACGCAUUAGAUCUGGCUUUGCUUCUAUUAUGAAAGUUACUGUUACUUUGUUACAUUUUAAAGGGCAGUAAUGCAUUAACAUUACAAUCUGGCGUUACUUCUUUUAAAAAGUAACGGUUACUUUUUAAGGAAAGUAAUCCAUUAGAAUCUAGUGUUACUUUUUUAAAGGAACUGUUACUUCGUUACUUUAAGUAAUCCAUUACAAUCUAGUGUUACUUUUUAAAAGUAACUGUUAUUUUGUUACAUUUUAAAGGAAAAUAAUGCAUUAACGUUACAAUCUGGCGUUUCUUGUUUAAAAAAGUAACUGUUACUUUGUUACUUUUUAAGUAUAGUAAUCCAUUACAAUCUGGUGUUACUUUUUUUUUAAAGUAACUGUUACUUUGUUACUUUUUAAGUAAUCCAUUACAAUCUGGUGUUACUUCUUUUCAAAGAUAACUGUUACUUUUUAAAGUAAUGCAAUACAACCUACCAUUACUUUAAAAAAUAACUGCUACUUUGUUUCUAUUUUAAGCAAGGUAAUCCAUUACAAUCUGGUAUUUCUUCUUUUAAAAAGUAACUGUUAAUUUUUUAUUAAAGUAAUCCAUUACAACCUGGUAUUUUAUUUUGUUACUUAAGUAAAGUAAUCCUUUACAAUCCUUAAAGUAAGUAAUCCUUUACAAUCUGGUGUUACUUUUUAAAAAGUAACUGUUGCUUUGUUACUUUUAAAGUAAAGUAAUCCAUUACAAUCUGGUGUUACUUUUUAAAAAGUAACUGUUGCUUUGUUACUUUUAAAGCAAAGUAAUCCAUUACAAUCUAGUGUUACCUUUAAACUGUUUCUUUUUGAGUUACAUAGUUACAUUACUUUUAUAUCUGGACUGGGCUUGCUUGCUUUGGGUUUCUGCAGGUUUCACUGUCAAAUUUUAAGACCUGUAUGAAUGAAAUUUCAGACUUUCACAGGUCUAAAUCUAAGGAUUUUUUUCGGAUACCCGGUUGUGCAGUGUCAAAGCUUUUUACUUGCCCCAUCAAAAAAAAUCUAAUGAGUUAUUUCUUAGCCACAUAUUAAACAAAUGUUAUUGUAAGGAAGUUAAUUACAGCAUAUUGGUAAAUAGAAUUUUGUUAAGAGUUAUAUUGAGAUUGAUUAUUGAUGAUUGGAUGAAGGUGUUGACCUGACUGGGUAGCUUUACAUGGAAAUAAGAAAAUUAAGUCUUACAAGACAAUAUUUAAUUGAAUUUAAGACAUUUUAAGGCCUAAAAUGUAGUCUUAGAGAUUUAAGUCCCCGUGAACACCCUGUACUAUAAUAAAAAUGUAUAUUUUUGUCAAAAUGAAGGCACCUUUACAGAAAUAGUGUAUAAAGCUCAAGCUGAUGGAAAUGUAGAUUCACAUCUGUACCUUUCAGCUCUUCUGCAUCUCUGGAUUGAGUUUACAUCUCUCUGUUUUUAUACAUUUGAAGAGAUGCUGAACCUGUCAUUACUCAAAUAGUAAUGCAAUACUUUAUUAGUUACUAGAAAAAGUCAUCCGAAUACGUAACUGGUGUAACUUGUAAUGCAUCACCCCAACACUGGUUGUGACCAACUACUUGUAAACUGUGUUUCUGUGACUCGAUCAUGCACUGAGGUCUUGCAGCCACACACAGACACACACACACACACAUAGACAUUCUCGUCAUCGCCGUGUGGUCUCGGCCUGAGAUCUGCCACCUUCUGUCCCAUCUCUACACAGUCAUGAGGUGUUUAGUUGUACAUUCACAAUAAAAACAUAUUUUGGGUUGUAUGAAAGCUUAA